UUAAAAUGUACCAAAUCGUCUCCAGCAUUCUUCUGAUCACCGCCAUGGUGGUUUCCGCCGAACCACCCAGACGCAACCAAUUUUCAAGACAAUUCCAAAGGAUAGAACAAGCACCGUAUCAACCUUCCGGAUGGAAACCCGCAGGACCUGCUUUCAAACUGCCAUCAGAACCAGUGCCUCACGCAGUAUACGGACCACCACCCCAAACUUAUGGACCACCUCAACAGGAAUACGGGCCACCAGUAGAAAUAACCACUCAUGAACCGACAACCACAGAAUUACCAACUACUACUCAGUUCAAUGAAGAAGCUGAAACUGUAGAGCCAAUAGAAGGCGGUGAAUCUCAACGGCUGCAGAACGGACAAGAGGGUGGUGUUUAUUAUAUUUAUCACCCUGAUGGACGUCUUCAGAGAGUUGUGUACGCUACUAAAGAUGAUGUUCGGAAUAUGGAGUAUUUCGCAAGGUUGAGAUAUGAAAAUGUAGAGCCUAUUCGUGGACCAAUUUACACUUAUAGCCCAGACGACCUCGUCUUAAGAAGAUUGUAAAUGUUGUUAAUAAAUAUAAUUUUAAAAUAAUGUGGCUGUUGUGUUUCUCUACUUCCCUGAAAAUGU